AUGCACAACCUCCCGAUGAGGGCCAACGACGGCCCAAGUCAUGAAUUUGCGACACAGAAACCCUCCUACACUACUGCGAACAAGCUCAUCUCGACACUUGCCCUACUCAUCCUUGGGUACUACGUGGUUUCGUUCUUCGAUGUCUGGCCCUCCACCAUUAAACGGUCCAUAUACGAACUCUUCGUCUGCUUCGUCCCUUCGCCGCUCAUCUACGCCAUGCAGUGUGGACUGCUUCGCCUUGGACUGAUCGGACCCGAAGAAGCGGUAUUCACGAGAGACCAGUUUGGAGACGUACAUGCGAAACAAGAGGCAAUCCAGCGGAUCUUUGGGCAUCCGCAGUUCCCCUUAGCUCUGCGCAAGGUCAGGAGUCUGUCCGGUGUAAGCAAAUACAUCUCGCUGAGCAACGACACGGGGCCACCAGGCCUGGGCAAUUGGGACAACUCUUGCUAUCAAAACAGUGUCCUUCAGGGACUGGCUUCUUUGCCUGCAUUUCUUGACUUUGCAGAGCGCAGUUUGGACCAGUGUGAAAGGCAUGGUGUGUCCGCAGACACCCACAGAGCAUUAGUGAAUUUACUCGAGCAGCUUACGGAUCUCGGCCCCCGAAAGGCUACUGUCUGGACCCCUCACGUCCUCAAAUCCAUGGAUAGCUGGCAGCAACAGGAUGCACAGGAGUACUUCUCUCGACUGCUCGAGGCCGUCGAAAAGGAGGCGGAUGCGUAUAUUAAAGUACUAAAGCGUUCUUCUGUUGCUGGUCUGGAGUGCCUCGUGGCAAACUCGACCCCUCCUGCUCAGAUUGAGGCAGACAACCCUGCUGCGAAUCCGGAGUUGUCCUCUUGGCCGCCCGAAAAGGAAGUAGGCUCACGUCUACUACGUUUUCAACCACGGAAUCCCAUCGAUGGCAUGACUGCGCAGUGUCUUGAAUGCAGGACUUGUGGGUUUACGGAAGGCUUUUCCUUCAACGACUUCAAUUGUCUUACGCUAAACAUGGGUCUCCGAGGCCCAUCCGAUCUCGAGGACCUCCUGGACGAGUACACUGCCCCGGAAGAGAUCGAAGGGGUUGAGUGCGAGAAUUGUACGGAAAGGCCAAACGGCACCCCUAAAGAAGAGCUUGCGCAGGCGGCCGAGAAGCCGGCAAAACGCAAGCCGGUCUUGAGGACGAAAACGAAACAAAUCACCGUGGGAAGGUUACCCAAAGACCUGGUUCUUCACAUCAAUCGGAGCAUCUUUGACGAGUACGGUAAUCAGCUCAAAAAUAGAGCUGCGGUUGCAGUUCCUUUCAAGUUGCACUUCCUCAGCCGGUGGUGCGCCCCGAUCGUGCGCAACAAUGCCUCGGUCGAGGCCGUCUAUGAACUCAAAUGCAUGGUGACACAUUACGGCCGGCACGAUAACGGUCACUAUAUUGCAUUAGGCCAACGUGGCAAGGAGUGGUAUUCCUUCAACGAUGAUCUGGUCACGAAUAUUACCGAGGAGGAUGUGCUCAACACGGGGAAUGGGUUCAUGCUCUUCUACGAAGCUGUCCCCAUGCAGCCGAAUGCGCAGACUCCUCCGAGCACUGCGGACAUGGCUGUCUCAUCCGAAACCAGAACUUCCGACCUCGAGCCAGAUCUCAUUCAGAGUCAACUCAAGAAUGUGGCCGAGUGGCCGAGCCCUGAUUCAGGCAUUUAUCGGGAGGCAUUCACAUCGAAUAUCGCAUCGUCGACCGAGGGUUCAGCAAUGUCUGCUUCACCUUCGUCUUCUACAUCGUCCGCAAUCGACGAGUCCGCGAAGCAACAAGGUUUCGAGGGGCUACCCACUCAGAAUAUGAAGACAUCCAGCGGAAUCGAUGGCAUGCCCCAUGGGGCGCGCUCAACUGGUGCACCUGUAGCAUCUUCACUGUUAUAG